AUUCCGCUAGUCCUGAUACUCUAAGAAGUGACCUCGACUGGCAUCAAUUGUUCGAUCCACAGAAGAACUAACUCGCAGUGAUAGGACAGCAUCUAUUAGCCUUUCAACAGUUCAACAUGAUAUCGCCCUGCGCCUCACGCUCGCUACUCUUGUUCCACGUGGUGAUUUGCAAAUGCGUCAUAGUCUCUGCCUUUGUAUUCCUCGGAGUGUAAUUUGUACCAAUUCAUUAAGUGAUUCUUUACUGAUAAUUAUAUCACUCUUACUGGGUUCCGGGUUUUCGACCUGGAUGAAGUUCCCUAACGCAAUAUUUCUACACGGGCCUCAAGAUCCUGCUGGCUAGGAGAGUCACGAGUUUCUGCUUUCAACUUUCCUGCCCCGUUUGCCAUGUCCUCACUUGUGCUACGCUGCGUAAUCACGGUCAAGGAGAUUUUCACUAUGAUGAUUAUUACGAGCUUCGCCGCAUCCUGACGCUGAGCUGAUGCACUUUCAAUUGCCUGAAAGGAUAGCUGCGUAUUCCUUCACCUAACUUACUGCCGUCUAUUCAGGAUUUGGGGUUGAAUUUACCAACUGCAGAAGUGUGACGAGGGUCAUCUUUGACUUAUUGCCAACUUCAUGCUUUCUCGAUCGUUUCUCCGGAUGACUACUCCUACUUCUAGCACCUUCAGCAGUGCUGAAGGUAGAUGGUCGCAGGGCUUCAUGGCUAUGGCAGCUGUUGGCGCAACCAAUGUCGGCUCAAUAGAGUUGAAGUUUGAACCUGAGCUGAAAACAAAUAUUCCAAAAGUAGGAUUAUCUUGGGCCACCAUAAACUCACGCACUUAUAUGGACAAAAUGGUCUUAAUGUGAAAGCAGGGGAAGAGGUGGCAGUUUUUAACCUUGGAUCCACUGUGGUUCUUGUGUUUGAAGCACCUUCAGAAGAGACAGAAGAGUUAUCAGCUCAUGAAAAAUCCCGGUCUGAGAGUAGAAAUUUUAGAUUCACAGUAGCGAAUGGAGAGAGAAUAAAGAUGGGGCAAGCACUAGGAGACUGGUAG